AUGUCGCGCGGCCCAACGAUUCGCGCAGAAGGCGGUGAGGGCCCCAGUCGCGAGGGUUUGUAUGCGCGGGACCGCGCCGACGUCCGCGUGACGCUGCAGCGCCAUACGACCGGAGUCGUGACGUUUGGCGACACGGGCGACCUGUGCACCGAGACGGACGACGUGGACGUGGACCUCGUGCAGCAAGACGCGUUCAAGCAGCUGCUGCGGCACGGCAGCGUGCUCUUUGCAGGCGGCGUGGCCGGCAGCGUCGGCAAGACCGUCACGGCGCCGCUCAGCCGCCUCACGAUCCUCUUCCAGGUGCACAGUAUGGUCUCGACGCGACACACUGACCGGUUCUCGCCGUCCAUGGGCAGCGCCUUUGCCAAAGUGCUGAAGAACGAGGGCGUCCUGGCCUUUUGGAAAGGAAACGGAGCCAGUGUGCUGCACCGGUUCCCGUACUCGGCAGUGAACUUCUUCACGUACGAGAUGAUCAAGAACGCCGUCAUUGCACACGACCACCCGGCGUUUACUCAGAACUCGUGGACCACAAUGUUCGUCUCGGGCGCGCUGGCGGGGGCAACAGCGACAGUGGCGUGCUACCCAAUCGACCUCAUUCGCACGCGACUAGCGACGCAGCUUAACACAGAUGUCCGCUAUACAGGCAUUCACCACGCCGUGCGCCGGAUUAGCGCCGAGGAAGGUGUGCUCGGGCUUUACCGCGGCAUGGGGGCUACGCUUCUGGUCACCGUGCCCAAUCUGGCGAUUAAUUUUACCCUGUACGAGUCGCUCAAGAAUUACGCGCGGUCGUUUCGUCGAAGCCAGAAGGUUUCAGGACUGACAGGCGUUGACAGGAAAAAUGCUGCCGACAAGCAUGACAACACGCACUUGAGCGUGAGAGACACGCUGCUAUGCGGUGGAACGGCUGGCAUUGUCUCGUCAUUAAUGACGUUUCCCAUCGAUGUCGUGCGCCGCCGCUUGCAGAUCUCGGCCAUUCAUGCGAAGAAUGCCGGCAUUCGGCCGACAUUUACGGGCAUCGCGUUGGACUUAUUCCACACGCAAGGCGUGGGUGGAUUUUACCGCGGAAUAGCGCCCGAGCUGAUGAAGGUGGUGCCAAUGGUAGGCAUUACUUUCGGCACGUUUGAGCGACUGAAGAAGCUGCUGGCCAUGGAGAAUUAG